CUGAAAUAUGUUGGCUGGAUACCGACGUCUGUCUUCGGACAAGGAACGACAGUUCACCCGUCUGGCAAAGAUCAGCCACUUUGUCUAUCUAGGAGCCAUCGCGCUCUAUACUUCAUACUUUAUCCUCCAUCCAAAAGUGAGAUAUUGCUCGCUUUUGUUUUUAUCAUCUUUCGUUACCUGUCCUUCCGCCAUAUCUGUCUUGGGGGUCUUGCACUUUUUUGAUGCACUUGGAACACUUGGUUUCGGUAUUUUGUUUAACGUGUCGAUGGCAAUACCAGUGAAAGAUGAGGCUUUGACUGGUGAAAUCAAUACCUAUACCGUUAGUGUAUCCUCUUUUAUUUGGCUAGUUUCCCUCGGCUACAUAAUCCAUAUGAAAAACAAAGAUAUCCAGAGGCGCCUUACAGAGGAAUUUUCGGCAGAGGGUAGCUUUGCAAACGAGAAGGUACCCGAUCAAGGCCGACGAGCAAGUCUGAUUACGAUGUAAAGCGCCGCUGUUUUUCAUUACUGACUUUGGUGAAUGUUGUUAAAGUCAAUACCAAUUCCAG